AUGCCGCCAAGACCCAUCAAAGGCCCAGCAGCCUUGGAAAGAGCCCGCAAGCGAGCCGCCACUUCGGUUAAAGCAUUGAAGGAGGCGAGGGAGCGACGACAAUGUGCACUUGACAGAUCAUUGACCACCGUAUGCGACAAUGUUGUACAGCCGUCCAAGACAAAGCAAGUAUUGGUUAAAGCCACAUCUCCGUCACCAUCAGUCUUGCAGGGCGACGUCAGAAGCUAUCAGUCAAGAAUACCGACAUUGACAGCUGCCAAGGCCUCGCAAACGUCAUAUGCUGAAACCCAGCCACCAAACCUGAAGCUUCGACCAAUUGUGAAAUCCUCUUCACCGAUUACAAGUCGUUUUCAGCGACUACGGGAACGCACUACCAGGCAAAUCAACUCCACCUUCACCCAAGUCCGUUCGAGAUGGCAGGGCUACCAUGGGUAUGCCACGAUUUUCGAGCUGCGGGAUCUGCUCGGACUGCCAGGUAGCACAAGAGCUGGCCAAGGCCCCGCCCCUAAUUCCGUACUCAUCGCAAUCGAUACCGAAUUUGAGCGCCUGGGUCUAGUCAACCACGUCGUAGAGAUUGGCAUCACUGUUCUGCGACUCAAAGACCUCGUUGGGGUUGAGCCCGGAACCAAUGCUAGGGCGUGGCUCGCUAAGUCGGAGCAUCGACAUAUGGUUAUCGACGUGACACAGCAGCCGAAAACAAGGAUGAGCACCAGUCUGUUUGGCAAGAGCCAUUUUAUUGAACCUGCUGGGGCUCGUAGAAUGGUACGGGCGAUUUUGCAAGCUUGUGCAGAUGGGAAACCCUUGCCAGAAACAUAUGACUUGAUCGACAUCGAGCCGAUUGGAAGACGAGAUCCUUCCAUCGUCCAGCCAGCACCACAAGCGGACCUCUGGUUGGUCGGACAGUCCAUCAGGGGUGAUCUCGGAGCCUUAGCUGGACCACCGGUGGCACUCGAUAUCACCAAGCCGGCUGCACUAGGAGGUGUCGCCGUCGGCUCAGUGAUUGACCUCUUGCACUUCGGCCAACAUGCAGUGUCACUAGGUGCACCUUUACGCUCCCUCAAACUUGGUCGCGUUGUACGAUCACUUGGAGCCGAUGCUGUAUACCAUGAUCCUAAAAAGCGCACGAUUGUCGGCUGGCACAACGCAAGUAAUGAUGCUGCGUACUCCAUGAUGGCGCUGCUACUGUAUGCGGUGCGGUGGGAUAAGAUCAUUGCUUCUGCGCGGCCUGCUGCUCGUAUGGAACCUGCUCGUAUGGAACCUGCUCGUAUGGGACCUGCUCGUAUGGGACCUGCUCGUAAGGGACCCACUGGAUGGUUUGGAGCCGUACAAUCAGACUCAGCACGAGGUGUAGCACGAGAAGGAGUCCCAAGAAAAGAUCGUGGUCGACAUUACGUGGUCUGGCGCCGUGCAGCGGUGCUGCUAGCUGCUGGAGGUGGCAUUGCUGGAAUUUCAGUCGUAGGCUAUGAGUCAUUCUCGGGUAACUGA